AGCCCUUUGAAGUUUCAGUCAUGGAAGAUCAAAGAGUUCAGACCUGCAACGUUUACAGGACAGAUCCAGACCUACCACACAGGUUCAACAACCCUGACUGUUUCCAUGGUUACAGUCAGAAAACGAAUCAUCCUUUAUAUCGAACAUCGAAUCAAAUGUAUGGCAGCAAGAGGCCUACCGUUCAUGACAUACAGACUCAGUUUAAAGUGACCUCCCGUCAGUUUUCGGAGGCCAUGCUUCAGAGUGGGAUGUACCGCGAUCAUGGCUUCAACAUGUCUGUGGAGAAGAGCAGAGUGAUGGUUUCCACAGCCACGCAGGAGAACAGAUCCAGCCUCCAUCAUUUGUAUCACUAUGGCAACCGAAGCAAUGACCAAGAUGGAAAUAAGUAAAGAAAGAGCUGACAUCCAAAUGAGAGAGAAAAUAAAAACUGAAACACCUUCAUUUCUGUGACCUCUCACCUUUCACCUGAUCAUCCGUUAAAUCUGAUUGGUUGAAUCUAAAGUUCCUGAAUAGAAUCUGAUCAAACUGCUGCUGCAGGACACGCUUGAUCUGAACAUGAGUCAGACAAACAUGGAUAUAAUAUGUAAUAUGUAUUAAUAAUAAUAAUAAUAAUAAUAA